AUGAACUCUGCCGCAAGCCUGCGCUUGCUCUCCGAUCUCAAGGCUAUCUCACGCGAGCCUCCGGACGGCUGCAGCGCUUCGCCCAUCGCAGAAGAUAACCUUUACGUGUGGCGCCACCAUCUUGGGGCCAGCCGAUACCCCCUGGUAGGUAUUGUGCAUGGAUGCCAUGGCCUGGCCCACCUCACGUCCUCCGUGUGGGAGAUCAACACCGCCCUGAGCCAUGAUGCCUGCAGGGAGGGCGGCGUAUUCCAGCUCCGGCUCACAUUUGGGGACAGGUACCCCGACCUCCCACCCCGUGUACGCUUCACCUCAGAGAUCUACCACCCAAACGUCUAUGCGGACGGGACGCUGUGCAUGGAUAUCAUCCAGGACCAGUGGUCGCCGUGCCACAGCGUCUGCUCCAUCCUGACCUCCGUGCAGUCGCUGCUCACUGACCCCAACCCCCAGUCCCCCGCCAACCCGGAGGCCGCGCAGCUGCUCACUCACCACUUGGCGGACUACAACAAGCGCGUCCGUCGCAUCGCGCAGAAGAGCACGGAGGAGUGA